AUGCCCUCCACCGCUGACAUCACCCACGCCUGCUCGUGCCCUGAUUUCUCGUCACCCAUUGUCGUCCCAGCUUGGCUAUUGCUGGGCAGCAGUGACCGCAAUGACGACAGCCGCGGGCCAUGCAUUGCUCGCAAUGAUGCUGCGAUCUUCGAGCCAGACGAAACCGUCGCAGCAUCUCCUCGCGAUGAUGCCGCACCAUGCCGCUUCUGGCUUCCCAUUGACGACGAGAGUUCUGAGUGUCUACACUCACCCCCUCCCGUUCUUGCGACUGAUUUACCGUUUCUGCUUCUACGAAUGCUACGCGAUCAUGAUGCACACCACCAAUUACUCUUAUUGUCACUUGCGUUGCGGCUGAAUUGA